CAUUUAACAGUAACUUACCAUGUCACAAUUUGAGAACUUUUUCAGUAAGAUUCAGGAUGAGAUAGAGAAAGAUUUACAACAAAAAUCUGCGUUGCAAGAAUUAGAACACCAGUUGGAUCUAAAAUUAAUUCCACACAAGAAUUUUAUUAAUGAACUUAGUGCGUUAAAUCCACAAGAUCUAAUCACCAUUCCUACACUCACAAGCCCAGAAAUCCCAAUUCCGGAGAUUCUUGAUGAAUUCACCACGUCAUUAGGGAAAUUAGAUUGUAAAGCAGUCCAAAAGGAACGACUUUUAAACAAAUCAAUAGAAGAGUGCGCAGUACUUAUACUCGCUUAUCGCUAUUACCGUCUGAUUGGAGAAUGUUUCAACACGGAUGGUGAGACAGUAAAAGUUCCGAUGGUUCUGAACUCACAUUUGGUAGGUACAAUUGGUACUCCACGUGAGCUCUCACAUCUCUUAAAUUUAGAGAAAAUAGAUUACCAGGUUUAUUUAUUGGCAUUAUUAAGAGUAGUAGAUACCAUUGUUGAUUAUACUAGUAGUACUGUUAUUCGUUUGUCAAUUGGAUCAAAUUCACCCAAAGAUUAUACCAUUGCAAUGAUUAAUCUGGAAAUUGUUUCUAAGCUUCAAAAGGGGUAUCAAUUAUUAGAUUUGAAAAAUGACAUUUUGAGAAAGAAAUAUGAUGGUUUAAAGUAUAAUUCACAAAGGCUAAAUAAGAUUGUCUACGAUCUAUCUCUUAGAAAUUUGAUAUCAUGCAAAGGUGAAGUUGUAUAAUUACAUAGUUUAACCUAUAAUCUAUUUUUAGUCGUUUUGCGUUGUUUUGUUUAACUAAAAGUAGUUACUUCACUACGGUGCUCGUAUCAUAUUGUUAGAGCCUUAACUCU